AAUAGAAUAUUAUCAAUCCUCGGAAGUCAAUAUAUUGAACUCAAUGUUUCUUUUUCUGUUUAUUUUUUUGGCCUCAUCAGCCAUUUCUUUUGAAUCAGGUUACGAGUAUGUAACCUGUGGGAGCAUUAUAAAGCUAAAGCAUGAUCAAACUAAGUACAAUCUUCACUCGCAUCCCGUUACUUAUGGGUCUGGUAGUCACCAGCAGUCUGUUACCUCUAACGUUCGUGACGACGACCCUAAUAGUUACUGGCAAGUUCAAGCUGCUUAUAAUCAAACUUGUAGAAGAGGUGAACCAAUAAAAUGUAAUUCUCUCAUUCGUUUAUUCCACGUCAACACUCAAAAGUUUCUUCACAGUCAUCGGCAUAAAUCCCCUUUAACACAUCGUCAAGAAGUUAGCGCUUAUGGAUCAGAGGAAAAUGUAAACGGCGAUUCUGGUGAUAACUGGGAAAUAAAGUGCAAAGGCUCGUGGAAACGAGAAUCAACGAUCCAGUUAAAACAUGUGGACACUGGCGCUUUGCUAAGUAGUGGCCGUUACACUUUUCCUAUGGAUGUUGUUCGAGGGCAGAAUGAGGUUCACUGUAAAUUUGAAGAUGAUCUCGAGGUCAAUUGGCAUAGCUGGUUUGGUGUCUACUUUUCCUCUGAAGAGGCUUCUGCGUAUUAUAUUCACAAUGAACUUUAA